AUGCCGUGGCCGUUUUCGGAGUCUAUAAAGAAGAGGGCCUGUCGGUACCUCCUGCAGAGGUACUUGGGCCACUUCCUGCAGGAGAAGCUGAGCCUGGAGCAGCUCAGCCUGGACCUUUACCAGGGCACCGGGUCCCUCGCCCAGGUCCCCUUGGACAAAUGGUGUCUCAAUGAAAUCCUGGAGUCAGCAGAUGCACCUUUAGAAGUCACUGAAGGAUUUAUUCAGUCAAUUUCUCUGUCAGUUCCAUGGGGCUCUUUGCUACAGGAUAAUUGUGCACUGGAAGUGAAAGGGUUAGAAAUGGUCUUUCGACCUAGACCACGACUAGCAACUGGUUCUGAGCCUAUGUAUUGGUCAAGUUUUAUGACUAGCAGCAUGCAACUGGCAAAAGAAUGUCUUAGCCAGAAACUCACAGAUGAACAAGGAGAAGGAUCCCAGCCUUUUGAAGGACUUGAAAAGUUUGCAGAAACCAUUGAAACAGUACUAAGAAGAGUAAAAGUCACUUUUAUAGACACUGUUUUGAGAAUUGAACAUGUGCCAGAAAAUUCCAAAACUGGAACUGCACUUGAAAUUCGAAUAGAAAGAACUGUAUACUGUGAUGAAGCUGCUGAUGAAUCCUCAGGAAUUAAUGUACAUCAGCCCACAGCCUUUGCUCACAAGUUACUUCAGCUUUCUGGAGUAUCUCUUUUCUGGGAUGAGUUUUCUGCAUCAGCAAAAUCUUCUCCAGUGUGUUCAACUGCACCAGUGGAAACUGAGCCAAAGCUGUCACCUAGCUGGAAUCCCAAAAUUAUUUAUGAGCCACACCCACAACUAACUAGAAAUUUACCAGAGAUUGCACCCUCUGACCCAGUGCAGAUUGGAGCAUUAAUUGGUAGGUUGGAGUUGAGUCUCACGUUGAAACAAAAUGAAGUACUGCCUGGAGCUAAGUUGGAUGUUGAUGGACAGAUAGACUCUAUUCAUCUAUUCCUGUCACCGAGACAGGUGCACUUGCUUUUGGAUAUGUUGGCAGCUAUUGCUGGACCAGAAAAUUCUAGCAAAAUAGGGUUAGUUAAUAAAGAUAGGAAAAAUCGACCCAUGCAGCAGGAAGAUGAGUAUCGAAUUCAGAUGGAAUUAAACCGGUAUUAUUUGAGAAAAGAUUCUCUGUCUGUGGGUGUAUCUUCAGAACAAAGCUUUUAUGAGACAGAUACGGCCCGUACACCUUCUAGUCGUGAAGAAGAAGUUUUCUUCUCCAUGGCUGAUAUGGACAUGUCCCAUAGUCUGUCUUCUCUUCCACCCUUGGGGGAUCCCCCAAACAUGGACCUUGAGUUAUCAUUAACUAGUACAUAUACAAAUACCCCAGCAGGAUCUCCAUUAAGUGCUACUGUGCUUCAGCCAACUUGGGGAGAUUUCCUUGAUCAUCAUAAAGAUCAGCCAGUAAGAGGGUCAACAUUUCCGUCUAACCUAGUUCACCCAGCAACUUUACAGAAGACAGCUCUCCCAUCUAGGUCUGUUUCAGUGGACGAAUCCAGGCCUGAACUUAUUUUUAGACUAGCUGUGGGAAGCUUUUCGAUAUCUGUGCUUCACAUUGAUCCUUUAUCUCCACCUGAAACGUCACUGAACCUUAAUCCAUUGACACCUAUGGCGAUAACUUUCUUUACUUGCAUAGAAAAGAUUGAUCCAGCCAGAUUUUCAACGGAAGAUUUUAAAUCUUUCCGAGCAGUAUUUGCAGAAGCUUGCUCACAUGAUCACCUUAGAUUUCUAGGCACUGGCAUCAAAGUAUCCUAUGAACAAAGGCAAAGACCAGCUUCCCGAUACUUUAGUACAGAUAUGUCCAUUGGGCAAAUGGAGUUUUUGGAGUGCCUAUUUCCAACUGAUUCUCAUUCUGUUCCUCCUCAUUAUACAGAGCUUUUAACGUUCCUUUCCAAAGAGGGAACUGAUUCUCAUCCCCCUGUGUGUCUUCAGCUUCAUUAUAAGCAUUCUGAGAAUAGAGGGCCCCAGGGCACUCAAGCAAGACUUAGUUCAGUUCCUCAGAAGGCAGAAUUACAAAUUAAAUUAAGUCCAGUAUGUUGUGAAUUGGAUAUAAGUAUUGUGGACAGGUUAAAUUCUUUGCUUCAACCACAGAAACUUACCACAGUAGAGAUGAUGGCAUCCCACAUGUAUACUUCAUAUAAUAAGCAUAUUAGUCUGCACAAGGCUUUCACUGAAGUUUUUCUAGAUGAUUCUCAUAGUCCUACAAAUUGUCGGAUAUCAGUACAAGUUGCCACACCAGCAUUAAACCUUUCUGUUCGCUUCCCAAUACCUGAUCUUCGAUCAGAUCAAGAAAGAGGACCGUGGUUUAAGAAGUCACUUCAGAAGGAGAUCCUUCAUUUGGCAUUCACUGAUCUAGAAUUUAAGACUGAAUUUAUAGGAGGAUCAACUCCAGAGCAAAUUAAAUUGGAACUUACAUUUAGAGAACUAGUUGGGUCAUUCCAGGAAGAUAAAGGAGAACCAUCUAUUAAGUUUUUCCAUGUGUCUAGUAGAGUAGAUGGAGAUACAACAUCAUCAGAUGACUUUGACUGGCCACGAAUUGUACUAAAAAUAAACCCACCAGCCAUGCAUUCCAUUUUGGAAAGAAUAGCAGCUGAGGAAGAAGAGGAGAAUGAUGGUCACUACCAGGAAGAAGAGGAAGGAGGUGCUCAUUCUCUGAAAGACGUUUGUGAUCUGAGAAGACCAGCCCCGUCUCCUUUUUCUUCUCGUAGAGUAAUGUUUGAAAAUGAACAGAUGGUGAUGCCAGGAGACCCUGUAGAAAUGACAGAGUUUCAGGAUAAAGCAAUCAGUAAUUCUCACUAUGUGCUGGAACUUACGCUACCAAAUAUUCAUAUAACACUACCUAAUAAGAACUUUUAUGAGAAGCUUUAUAAUAGGAUCUUUAAUGACUUGCUACUGUGGGAGCCAACAGCUCCUUCACCAGUGGAGACGUUAGAAAAUAUUUCCUAUGGUAUUGGGCUUUCAGUAGCCAGUCAACUGAUUAAUACCUUCAACAAAGAUAGUUUUAGUCCAUUUAAAUCUACAGUUCACUAUGAUGAGGAGAGUGGCUCUGAGGAGGAAACUAUGCAGUAUUUUUCUACUGUUGAUCCCAACUAUCGUUCCCGUAGGAAAAAAAAACUAGAUUCUCAGAAUAAGAAUGCACAGAGUUUUCUCUCAGUUCUUCUGAGUAUUAAUCAUGGAUUAAUGGCAGUGUAUACAGAUGUGAAGCAAGAUAAUGGAGACAUAUUGGAAAACAAACAUGGUGAAUUCUGGUUAGAGUUCAGUAGUGGUUCAUUAUUUUGCGUGACAAAAUAUGAAGGUUUUGAUGACAAGCACUACAUAUGCCUUCAUUCUAGCAGUUUCAGUCUAUAUCACAAAGGUGUAGUGGAUGGAGUGAUUCUUCCUACAGAAGCACGACUGCCCAGUUCAACCCGCCCACAUUGGUUGGAACCUACUAUUUAUUCCUCUGAAGAAGACGGUCUCAGUAGAGUUUCAUCAGAUGGUGUUGGUGGAGACAGUUUGAAUAUGCUCUCUGUUGCAGUUAAAAUAUUGUCUGAUAAAUCAGAGUCCAAUACAAAGGAAUUUCUCAUUGCUGUAGGACUGAAGGGCGCCACUUUACAGCAUAGAAUGCUUCCUUCUGGGCUUAGCUGGCAUGAGCAGAUUUUAUACUUCUUAAAUAUUGCUGAUGAACCUGUUUUGGGUUAUAAUCCUCCAACUUCCUUUACAACUUUUCAUGUUCAUCUUUGGAGCUGUGCACUUGAUUAUAGGCCCCUUUAUUUGCCAAUCCGAUCUCUUCUUACCGUUGAAACAUUCAGCGUUUCUAGUAGCGUAGCCUUGGAUAAAUCUUCUUCUACUCUCAGAAUAAUCAUGGAUGAAGCUGCUUUACAUCUGUCUGACAAAUGUAACACUGUCACUGUAAAUUUGAAUAGAGAUUAUGUUCGUGUGAUGGAUAUGGGGCUUUUGGAAUUAACCAUAACUGCAGUGAAGUCUGAUUCUGAUGGAGAACAAACCGAGCCCCGCUUUGAGUUACAUUGUUCCAGUGAUAUUGUCCAUAUCAGAACGUGCUCAGAUUCUUGUGCUGCACUAAUGAAUCUCAUUCAGUACAUUGCAAGCUAUGGUGACCUGCAUGGACCUGACAAGGCAGAAAUGAAGCCAGGAGCCCCUCAAAGAAAGUCAAAGGUAGAUUCCAGUGGUCGACCAUCCUCACGUGGUCCAGUUCUUCCUGAAGCAGAUCAACAGAUUUUGCGAGAUCUGAUGAGUGAUGCUAUGGAGGAGGUCGACAUGCAGCAAGCCACUUCGACUGUGAAACCACAGGCUAAUGGUGUUUUGGAUGAGAAAUCUGAAGUUCAGGAGCCAUGUUGUUCAGACCUCUUCCUGUUUCCGGAUGAGAGUGGGAAUGUGUCCCAGGAGCCUGGCCCCACUCACCAUGCAGUCAUUCACCACUUGAUUAGUGAUGCAAUGACAGGUGUGCCCACUGAAAAUGAUGACUUUUGCAUUCUUUUUGCACCAAAAGCAACCGUCCAGGAGAAGGAAGAAGAACCAGUUAUAAAAAUCAUGGUUGAUGAUGCAAUUGUGAUAAGAGACAAUUAUUUUAGUCUGCCCGUUAAGAAGACAGAUACGAGCAAAGCCCCGUUACACUUUCCCAUUCCUGUGAUUCGAUAUGUUGUUAAGGAAGUCUCUCUUGUUUGGCAUCUUUAUGGAGGAAAGGAUUUUGGAACAGUCCCUCCUACUUCUCCAGCUAAAAGUUAUAUUAGUACCCACAGUUCACCUUCUCACACACCCACAAGACAUGGACGUAAUACGGUAUGUGGGGGAAAAGGAAGGAACCAUGACUUUUUAAUGGAAAUACAAUUAAGCAAGGUAAAGUUUCAGCAUGAAGUCUACCCCCCAUGCAAACCAGAAUUUGAUUCCAGCCUCUUGGAACACCCAGUCUCCCGGCAGGUAUUCAUUGUUCAGGAUCUGGAAAUUCGAGAUCGUCUGGCAACAUCACAGAUGAAUAAAUUUUUGUACCUGUAUUGCAGUAAAGAAAUGCCUCGAAAAGCUCAUUCCAACAUGUUGUCAGUGAAAGCCUUACACGUGCGUCCAGAGUCUGGCAGGUCACCCCAGGAGUGCUGCUUGAGAGUGUCACUGAUGCCGCUCCGCCUCAACAUUGACCAGGAUGCCUUGUUCUUCUUGAAGGAUUUCUUCACAAGUCUUUCUACAGAAGUAGAGCUUCUAACGACUCCAGAUCCAGAAGUUAAAAAGUCUCCUGGAGCUGAUGUCACUUGCAGUUUGCCAAGGCAUUUGAGUACCUCAAAGGAGCCAAAUCUAGUUAUUUCUUUCCCUGGGCCAAAACAACCUUCUCAAAAUGAUAGUGCCAAUUCGGUGGAAGUGGUUAAUGGGUUGGAGGAGAAGGACUUCUCUGCUGAAGAAGCAUCAUUUAGUGAUCAACCUGUGUUUUUUAGGGAAUUUAGAUUCACGUCAGAAGUUCCUAUUCGACUUGAUUAUCAUGGCAAACAUGUAUCAAUGGAUCAGGGUACAUUAGCUGGGAUUUUGAUUGGUCUGGCCCAGUUAAACUGCUCUGAACUCAAGCUAAAGAGGCUUUUCUAUCGGCACGGUUUGUUAGGUGUUGACAAAUUAUUCUCAUAUGCAAUCACUGAAUGGCUUAAUGACAUUAAGAAGAAUCAGCUACCAGGCAUACUGGGAGGUGUUGGGCCUAUGCAUUCACUGGUACAAUUAGUGCAAGGCCUAAAGGACUUGGUCUGGUUACCAAUAGAGCAGUACCGGAAGGAUGGCCGUAUUGUCAGAGGAUUUCAGAGAGGUGCUGCUUCCUUUGGUACCUCGACAGCAAUGGCUGCACUGGAACUCACAAACCGAAUGGUUCAAACAAUACAGGCAGCAGCAGAGACCGCUUAUGACAUGGUUUCUCCUGGUACUCUUUCUAUCGAGCCCAAGAAGACCAAAAGAUUUCCUCAUCACCGGCUAGCCCACCAGCCAGUAGACCUGAGGGAAGGUGUGGCCAAGGCCUACAGUGUUGUGAAAGAGGGAAUCACAGACACGGCUCAGACCAUCUAUGAAACAGCAGCCCGUGAACACGAGAGCAGAGGGGUCACUGGUGCUGUGGGUGAAGUUCUGCGCCAGAUUCCUCCAGCAGUGGUGAAACCUCUAAUUGUUGCCACGGAAGCAACAUCGAAUGUGUUAGGUGGCAUGAGAAACCAAAUUAGACCAGAUGUCCGGCAAGAUGAAUCACAGAAAUGGCGCCAUGGGGAAGACUGAUGUCUCACACUGAUGUCUUCAAGACUAUGAAGAUGAUCAGAGUGCAGAUAGGGAGAAUAGUGUCCCAUUGUAGCUUUAGAGGAAACUCAUUUAAUUUUAUUGUACUCAUCUCAGGAACAAAAGCAUUUUUAGUUAAAUAAUUUAAUGUCAAAACAACAUGCAACCAAAAAAUUCUGACAUUUUAGGGCUAGUUUGGUACUUGCCUGUAGAAAUGUUUGGUGGCUAGUGUCAAAGGUCAUCCAUUUCCUGCCAAGUUAGUGGAAUGCUCACUUUUAUUAAGAUGACUAUACUUCUUGUUACAUAUGUCAUUGGAAGCCUACUGUUAACACUAUUUGUGUAGCUCUAUAGAGUCGAUUUUUCUCAAGGUUUAAAAAGAAUUACAGCUUCAAAACUUUGAUUCAGAAUGAGAGACAAAGCCACAGGGAAGCAAAACAAAUAGAAUUGUCAAUUUAAAUAUCAUUGUGAAGAAAAUAACCUACUCUGUUGGAUUUAGUGCUCAUGCACUUGAGAGGAACAUUAUUUCCAUACUCAGAAAAUCCUUGUGUGGGGGUUUGAGAAAGUGAAUGUCACAGACGUGUUCUGUUGUGUUGCACUUUAUCCUAUAUAUAUAUGUGUGUGUAUGUGUUUAGGUUAAUAAGAGUCAUGUGUUAUAUUCUGUAUGUAAUUUACAGUUAUACAAAAUAUAAAGAGAAGUAAACUCAUCUGAAAAUUUUGGCAAAAGAAAGUAACCUAAAUGUAAUAGCUUCUUUAUUUUAAGUGUAAAUGAAAAUGUGCAUUCUGUAGUGAACUGGGGCCCAUAUAAUUGUUUAUAUGUUCAAUUUGAAGGAAGUAUAGUAUAAGCUUGUCAGGAAUGUUGAAGGGGAGAUUGCAAGUGUUUUUUACCUCUUCUAAAAUUAAACAAAAAUUCUCUAAAUAUGCCCUAUUCAACUAUUUUGACGUACCAUUUUUACUUGGUUAACAGUGUACAUUUUGAUAACCUGUGAGGAAUGAAUAAAGUAUUUUUAUUUAAAGGUAAAA